AUGUGGCUUGAUGACAUAGGGAGCAGAGUGGGCUCCCAGCUGUCACGUCCCGUUACCUACGUCAUCACCUCCUUCCUCUCCAUCGCUCUCUACAAUGUCGUGGAGCUAACCUUCAUCCUCUUGCUGACGUUCAAGCGCCGCAAGGGGCUCUACUUCUGGAGCUUCAUUGUGGCUACUUGGGGCAUCGCCAUCUACUCCAUCGGAUUUAUCCUCAAAGACUUUAACCUUGUCGACAAUGCCAUCUCCUACUUCUAUGUCACGCUGAUCGUGGUCGGCUGGUGUGCGAUGGUCACCGGCCAGUCGAUGGUGUUGUACUCUCGUCUUCAUCUCGUCGUGCGGCAUCAUAUCAUGCUCCGGUUCAUCCUCGGAAUGAUCAUCUGCGAUGUCUUCUUAUUACAACUACCAACUGUUAUUCUAUGCUACGGCGCGAAUUCCUCGACCUCUGACAGAUUCGUGCUACCAUACGCCAUAUACGAACGAAUCCAAGUGACGGUGUUCUUCAUUCAGGAAUCCAUCAUAUCCGGUGUCUACGUAUACGAGACGUUCAGAUUGCUCCGCUCGGAAGAUGAGGUCUUGGAAGGGUCACACCGAGAGGCUGCGCGGAGGCUGAUGCUACACCUGAUUCUCAUGAAUAUCAUCGUCAUAGUUUUGGACAUCGCGAUUCUGGUUCUUCAAUGGGCUGGUCGGUAUGCGGCGCAAACGGCUGUCAAGGGGUUCAUUUACAGUGUCAAGCUGAAGCUCGAGUUUGACAUCCUAAACCAACUGGUCACAUUCGUGUACCACUCUCACACAUCGAAUUCGGGCAACUUGGAUGUAGACAGCUCGUCGAGGAAUCUUUGGGAUAUGAACCAACAAACUGAGCCCAAUACUGCUUCUGCCCGCCAUCUCCAUCCUAGGCAUUGCGCUUGGGCUAGCGUGGCCAGCAGAGUGAGACGCGACUUCACUAUCUCCGCUGAGAAGAAAAUGUCCAAGAUCAUACAAUAUACCAGGAAGCAAUCGGAUUCCAGCGGAUCCCCACAAGAUCAGGGUUCAGUGCGUCCAACAUAA